AUGUCGCUGCUAAAAACAUCAGCGGUAAAUUUCGAGAACGAAUGGAGAGAUAUGCAGCUACCACUGGCGUCGCUGAUUACUGGUGCACCGCAGACACUGACAAAUGAUAAGUGGCUUAAAAUGUACUCUGCUAUCUACAAGAUCUGUACAAAUCCAGGAGCGCCACAAGCGGAAAUGCUAUUUUUUCGACUGCGCGGGCUGCUGGUGAAACAUGUAGAGAAACUUUUAAGAAAGCUAGAUACAAUUGACGGCGACCCCGAGUUCCUGGCCCUUUACUGUACUUCUUUCGAAGCAUUUACUACCGGGACAAGCUACAUUUCUGAGCUAUUCCGCUACCUGAAUCGCUACUGGAUCUCGUAUUCGCAUUGUAAAACUGGCCAAGCUCCAGUUCCUGGAGUGUAUCCUGUCACGGAACUUUCUCUCCAUAUUUGGCACGACGUUGCUUUUGUAAAGUUAAGGAAACGCUUGAUUACAGCAAUUCUUCAUAUAUACCAUUCUGCAAGACUCGAUAAAAGUGAUUGCUUCGAAUAUGGAGACUGCAUCGCUAGUACAGUUCAGACAUACUAUAGUCUUGGACUUUGUAAACAGGACCAAUUGAGCCUUUAUCGCGAAGAGCUUGAAUUGCCUUUUCUUGAGAAUGUUGCUGAAUUCUAUACAGCUAAAGCGCUCGAGUUGCUGUCAAGAAUGACGAUCUCGGAGUAUUUACAGGAAACUGAGCUUUUGUGUACACAAGAGCAGAAUCGUUGUGAUUUACGCUUGCAUCGAACCACUGUCAUUCAAGUUCGACAAGCUUGUUGCCGCGUCUUGAUUGAUGAGCAUGCUGAUCGGAUUUGUGAAGACGCCGAAACUUUCUUGAUCAAUAACCAAAAAAAUGAUUUACACCGAAUGUUCGCCUUAUUUUCUGAGCUGGUGACUGAAAGAGCGCUAAUAUCCUUAAAGAAUAUAUUGAAGAAAUAUAUUGAGCGAAGUGGAAGAGAAGUUGUACAAACAUUUCAACAGGAUGAAACCACAAAGAAUCCUGAGGGGUACAUUGAAGCCUUGGUGCAGAUUCGCAAUAAGUACUUUGAGCUUAUCAAAGACGCUUUUGGAUAUCAUCCGCUGAUGCGAACAGCACUUGAUCAGGCUUGUCGGGCGUUUGCAAAUUCUCAUCCGCGGCUUCCAGAAUUACUAGCUAAAUACACACACUACCUGAUGUCACGUGACAAGAAAUAUGGAUGUAGUCGUGCAUUGAUAUUACCAGGAUCCACUAGAUCUGUGUCAACUCCUCUUUCGGAUGACAUGUUGGAGCAACGAAUCGAAAAUAUCAGUGUGGUGUUCUGCCUUAUCGACGAUAAGGAUAUUUUUAAGAAAUACUACUCCAAGUUUCUUGCUAAACGCCUAAUUAAAGGAACGUCAGCCUCAAAUGAAAUGGAAAUCUUACUUAUACAAAAAUUGCGCGACAUUUGUGGAUGCGAUUUUGUGUCAAAAUUGCAAAAGAUGAUGAAAGAUAAGAUGCUGAGCAAGGAAUUGGUAAACUCAUUUACGGGAUGGCUCGACGGAAAAAGCAUUGAACUGUGCUCAGAUUGUGCAGCGAAUACUUCUGCCAUCAAUUUUCACCACACUAUUGUAUACCACUGUGAUGUCCUCACAGCUGGAGCAUGGCCAAUAUCUUGCGCAACCUCCGAGCACAAACUAAAUUUGCCACCUUCCAUGAGAGCACAUACGAAUUUGUUUACGCAAUUCUACACUGAACGAAGCACUGGGCGAAAGCUUUUGUGGGUGCACAAUCUAUCAUUCGGAAUGGUCCAAAGUCACUGCUUUAAAAAGCGCUACGAGUUUUUGCUCAGCUUUUUUCAGAUGGUGAUUCUCUUGCAGUUUAAUACCGCGACGAAGUUGAAGUUAUCGGAUAUUGUUCAGCUUACGAAUAUUUCAGAAAAAGAUUGCAUUCAUCACCUGGCUAGCCUCGUAAAGGCUAAAAUUUUGACGUCAGAUGGUGACAAUGUGAGUCCGUCGUUGGCAUUAAAUUUUGAUUUCUAUAGCCGGAAACUUCGUGUCUCGGCGGUGCCAAGUAGCCCAGGUGAGUCCCCGAAAGAGUUUAAAGCCCCAAUACGCGAGGUGGAAGAGGACCGGAAAAUGUCGUUGCAGGCUGCAAUCGUGCGCGUGCUCAAGACGCGUCGUGACAUUGACCAGACGCAGCUGAUCCAAGAGGUAGCAGCGAUGCUCGUCCAUCAGUUUGUUCCAACUUCUUCUGCCAUCAAGCAAAACGUGGAGAUUCUCAUUCAAAAAGAGUAUCUUCGUCGCCUUGAGAGCGACCAAACAAGAAUUUUAUACGUGGCAUAG